AUGGCUUCGUCCCCUUCAACGUCUGCAGCAGCGUCGGGUAGACAGACUCGUCAGAAACGCGUAAAUCCCUCGCGUUCUGGCAAAGGUUGCCCUGGUAUAGGAAACUGUGAGGCUGACACUCUCAUAUUGGAUACCCAGAAGCGACAGCUCGAGAAUGAACCAUUGAUUCCUGCCAAUACUCUAUUUUUCAUGACGACCAAUCUGGAGCUACUCCCUAAGAACUCCUCCUCGUCUGACGGCCAGCCCAUGUUCAACAUUCAUGCCAAUGAACGCUAUUUUGAACGUCCAGAGGUCAUGCAAAGCUACAGAUUGCAACAGUCUAUCGAGACGCCUGAUUUUACCGAACUAUCCCAGACCCAUGUCGGGGGGCGGUUUAGGCCUAGAGGUUCCGACGACACCACACAUGACACUUCAGAUACUUAUUACGAAAAGCGGCAUCGCAAGUACGAGACCAUGGAAAAACGCCAGCGUCUUCGAGAGAAGGAACAACUCAAGUAUGAGCAGUACAAACUCAAGGAAAGGAUUGAGCAGCUUCGUGGGAUGGAUGCCAUGGCCUUUCUCACUCUCCCGGCGGAUGGAUUUCAUAUCAAUAAUCCUUCACUCUAUAAAGAGGGCGAGAGGCGGCGGAGGGAAAUGCUCGAUACCGCCACGACACUAGAGGAAAGGUAUCGCAUAUUGUUACCCCCAGACAAGAAGAACUAUCCCAAGAAGCGUAACAAAGAGAGUCAGAAAAAGCCCCCCCGCCCCAGCGUCGAAGUCAGAGUCUCGGAGGAGUAUCAGACCGAGUGGGAGGAGAACGAGGUAGAAGAAGUGGAGAAUCAGCACGAGACUGAAGAGGCCGAAAUGUCCUUGCCGAAAGAAGUCUUGUAUAACGAGAAACCAGUGACUCUCACAAUCAAGGUGCCUCCUAGGGUUUCCUCUACCGCAACAACACCGGCACCGACACCCCCGACCAUGCCUGCACCAUCUGCGAAGACGAAAAUGGAAGCGAGGUCCGUGCUUCCAAUAAACGCGUCGCCGCCAUUCAAGGCUGCAACGCCGGUCAAGGCCACUCCACCACUGCCCAAGAAACGAAGAAAACCAGAUCUUAUACCAUCGACUCCAGCAGGAAGCCCACCUCCUCCCCGACCAACGUGGUCUGGAACUCGCCCUUCACCCUUCCUCUCAUCUUCGCCCCCACCGGCUGUCGUUCCGCCCUCAGGACCUACUGCAGGGUCCAGUUCCCUGAGUCCUGUCUCCAUAACCGGUCCUGAUGAGAUCCCCGGUUCUCCAGUCAUCCCCCUCUUCGAUGAUCGCGCUACUCCCACUAUAUCUAAUCCUGAAAUCGCGACUCUUGAUAUAAGUAUCAACCUGAGGAAGAAAUCGAGGUUCAUGCCACCUACAGGCACAGGAAGGCGUCCUCGUAAGCGGGCCCGACAAUCCUACACCUACUCUGCCGCGCAUUUAGUCAAAGAGUCAGUGUCUGCUCCCCCGCGUCGCUCUGUCACACGCGUAGCCGAAGUAGCUACACCCGCAUCGCCUGCUCCUUCGCUCACAUCCGUGCCCAAACCCAAAGCGCCAGGUUUCUUGCUAUCUGCUGCUCUCAAGAGAAACCAAAACAACCCCCGUGGCACAAUUGUCAGACAUUACGUCGCCUGGGGGGUCAAACUUGGACCUGAGCGCAAAGGCGAGGAGAAAGAGUAUGAGAUACCGAGGGAGAUACGUGAGGAGUCUCUUGUUGCGGCAGUUAUGGCAAAGAUUGAGGCGCAGUGUCCGGAUGUUGAUGAAGGUCCACCUGAACCUGUUGAAGGUUCUGGCCGGCACAGAGCUGGUGCGUACAGUUGAGCCUGAAUUAUUUGAUUCCACAGAACCCUAGCAGACCUUUUUGCUUCCCAUUGCUGUUCAACGCACAUCAACACCCAUCUUUAUCGUAUUUCAUGUCGCCGUCCUUAUUCAUUAUCGAUAACUUGGAACUAAAUUUUAAGUCGAGUAAUUUAUUAGUUAUAUUUCCACUGCCAAAAACCAUUUUACUGGUCUACUGUAGUGAUUUGACAACAUCCAACAGCUCUUUCUGACCAUCCAAGC